GCUCUCUGGGAUGCCGCUAUAAAGUGAGCUAUAGCCGCCAAAACGAGGACACCGGGGAAUCAGACGAGGGUCAACAAGGGGGUGUGCCAAUACUAUUUUAUACCUAGUUAAUUCCUCGUUACAACGGUUAACGUACAAAAAAAUAGCGGUUGGCAAUCAAUUCUGCGUGCCCGGAGCCCAAAAAUAACAUUGACGAGCACAGAGAAAGUGUAGUUGUUAAAUUACACUUGACAAUCGAUGGAGAAUCCAUUAUAACGUUAGUUGAUUGUAUUAAAGACUAAGCUAAAUUAGUCAUUUAUUAAAAAAGAAAAAACUUAAAGCAACACUAUGUAACUUUUCCCGCUUCGGUCCCCCCACAGGUUGUCUCAUUGUAGCUCGCGCGAGGGCCCGAAGUGCAAUUGUCUGUAAUGUCAGCCACGUUGAUAAACAACAUUAAGCAAUGUUAAAAACUUAACAUAAGCAUGAACACAGCCAUUAUCAAAGAGCAAUUAGGUUUUCGUUCUUAUAGAUUAUUUCCAUCAACAGUUCGACAUGUUCCGCUUAUCCUUGAGGGUCGCGGUGAGACUGGAGUUAAUACAGUCUUGAUAAACUGACACGUUAUCAACGUUAGCCUCCUAAAACCGCGACCACUGCUAACGUAAGGUAAUGGCUUUAACAGAAAUAUAUCGUUAACGUGAACUAUUUAGCUUUACGUAAAUUGCAAACAAAACAAAAACACUUACCGCUACAUAAAACUGGGCUAACGUUAACGCAUGGGCCGUGGACUCCUGUCGGCAAAGGUUUUUUGUUUUCCUCCGGCUCAGUUUGCACGCCUUGUAGUUGCUUCUGUUUGCUACAUAUCAUCUGCAGGCAACUAACAGCCACGUUUUCAAAUUUGGAGCCCACUGUGGACUGCGUUACGUGUUUCCGCUUUGGAGUGCAGCUUCCUUCCAUGUGUGGUUACCAUAGUAACAGACCCCACUUUGCAGAUAAUAGUUUAUCCAAAGAGGCCAAACACAGCAGGUAUGAGCGCAGAUACGGUUUUCUUUCUUCAAAACCAGUCCACCACCAUUGACUAUAGAGGGAAGGUCCCUGUGGAGCACCUGGAUUAUGGUUACAUUGAAAAAUGCAAAGAUGUAAAAUACCUGGAGCAGAUCUUGAGAGUACUGAGAUCUGGCAAGGAGGGCAUUUAUCCUCAUCUGAUUAAGUUCUGUGAGAGUCACUUGGAGAAACUGGACCCUAGGAGCCGAGUUCUCAGGAAGGAAACCCCUGUGGCCACAGCAGCCAGCCUUUCUAAUGAUGAGUGGAGCCAAAUUGUUGAUGAUUUGAAGACAUGGCAAGAAGAAACCAAAAAGAUUGAGACUUCACUGAAACAGGAGUCAAUGUUUGAUGAUCUAGUGAAAGAAAAUAUGCCAACUGUAAGAGGUUCCAAUUGCUCCUUUCCACUUAGUCAGACUUCAGUUCCAAAGAGGAAUCCUUCAAAAAAAAUCCUCCCACGUGAUUAUAGAGAAUGGGACAAGUUUGAUGUCGAAAAAGAAUGUGAAGAAAUCGACGGCAAUUCUGUCAAAAAGGAUCCAGCUGCCAUUAUAAACACAGGACACCCCAAAUUAAAGACUAAAGUGGAUGCAUCAUUGUUGACACAACAGGAAAAGCUCCUUCUGUCAACUCGUGAAAAGGACAAAGGCAAUGAAGCUUUCAGAGCAAAGGAUUAUGAGGAGGCAGUUGCAUACUAUUCCAGGAGCCUUUCCAUUAUACCAACGUUGGCUGCAUACAACAACAGAGCCCAGGCAGAGAUCAAUCUAAAGCACUGGCACAAUGCCAUGAGAGACUGUCUGAAAGUACUCGAGCUGGAACCAGGCAAUAUGAAAGCCCUGCUACGUCGUGCCAGAGUUCAUAAUCACAUGGGCAACUUCCAAAUGGCUGCUGAAGACCUGAGGGUGGUGCUUCGGGAAGAGCCGCAGAAUGCUGCAGCCACUAAACUUCUGUCUGAAACUGAGAAGAAGAUGAAGGAAUGUCAACUGGAGCCGCACAGCAAAGGCAAAAAAAUCCUCAUCCAAGAAGUAGACGAGGAAGAUGACAACAAUACCGAUGAGACAAAAGCAGAACAGACUGCUUGUCCGGUUGAACCCAGCCAGCCUGUGGGAGGGGAGGAGAGCUCAUCCACUCCUGCCGAAAGGGGAGACAUGGGUAACGCUCAAAAAAAGCCCCACAGCAGAGGGGACGGGGGUCCUCACAGUGAGUUCAACAACUCCCAUCAAGGACACUGGAGGAGCAGAGGAGGAAGCUCUGACAAGUACAAAGUCACGCAGGAGUCCAAGGAAAAGGUAGCCAAUGGAACUGGCAAGAGCGGCUCGACGGCUUCAGUGCCGGCUGAUCAGAGCAACAACGGUAAAGAAACUCCGGUUAGAGGAAAUGCAGGGGAAACUGUCAACCUUGAUGCCCCAUGUGGAGCCCUGCCCCCACCCCUGGCCCGGCUAAAGAAUGAAGGAAACCUGCUAUUUAAAAAUGGACAGUUUGCCGAUGCACUGGAGAAAUACUCACAAGCCAUUCAAGGAUUUACAGAUUCAGGGAUUGAUAGUCCAGAGGAUCUAUGUAUUCUGUAUUCUAACAGAGCAGCUUGCUACCUUAAAGAUGGCAACAGUCAAGAGUGCAUACAGGACUGCACAAGAGCCCUGGAGCUGCAAUCAUUCUCCCUCAAGCCCCUCCUGCGCCGGGCCAUGGCUUAUGAGUCCAUGGAGCGCUACCGUCAGGCCUACGUGGAUUACAAGACUGUCCUGCAGAUAGACACCAGCGUGCAGUCAGCACACGACAGCGUCAACAGGAUCACUCGGCUGCUGAUUGAGCAGGACGGCCCAGAGUGGAGAGAGAAACUUCCAGACAUUCCCCUGGUGCCUCUGUCAGCUCAGCAGCACCGCAGAGAGGUGCCACCCAGCGCAGAGGUCCUUAAGGCUCGAGCAGAGAAGGCAGCCAUAGAUGCAGAAAGGAAAGCAGAAGUCCGUUUUACAGCUUUGAAACAAGAAGGGAAUGACUUUGUGAAGAAGGGCCAAUACUCUGAUGCACUGGGAAAGUACACUGAAUGCCUUAAGCUAAAGCCAGAAGAGUGUGCUAUCUACACCAACAGAGCUCUGUGCUACUUGAAGCUGGAUAGGUUUACUGAGGCCAAGCAGGAUUGUGAUGCAGCACUGAAAGUGGAGCCAACCAAUAAGAAGGCCUUCUACAGACGAGCCCUGGCUAAUAAAGGCCUUAAGGACUACCUGGCGUGCAGCUCUGACCUGCAGGAGGUACUGCAGCAGGAUCCCAACGUGCAGGAGGCUGAGAAGGAGCUGGAGGAGGUCACGGUGCUGCUCAGACAGAGUCUGGCCAGUGCCAACGCUUCACCGGCCAAACCCAGAACGACUGUCCCCAUCACAGAGGUUGAGGGUGACGAGGAAACAGAGAGCAGUCCCAGAGGAGAGGACAUCAUGGUCAACCUCCAGCCCACCGACGCCUGCCAGUUUGGCCAGGCUCUGAACGCGGCUCGCUGCAGCAGAAACACGGCAGCCUGCGCUGACCUGCUGGCCUCCACAGCCCCGGAGAUGCUUCCCAAAUUCCUGAGUACCCAGCUGGAUGGAGACAACAUCAGCUUCAUCAUACAGGCGCUGGACUACCACCUCCUGGAGAAAGACCCCAACCUGGUCUACCAACAUCUCAACAACCUGCACACCACCGACAGGUUCUCGGUUGUGUUGAUGCUGCUGGAGAAGAACGAGCGUCUCCACGUGACUCAGCUGUUUGAGCAUCUGUCUGCCGUGCAGAGCACAGAGUUCACCAAGAACGAUGUCCAGAAUCUGGCCAACAAAUACAUCUGACCCUCCUGGCCCUGCUCCCUGCUGCAUGAACUGCUGCACCAUGACAACAACUCUUGGAUCUAUGCAAAACACUGCAACAGAACUGAGUACACAAAGCCGGGAAGCUGCAGAAUGUGCCCCAGAGCAAAAUACCAUGGAACUGAGUCACAUUCACUCUACUGGUCUGUGCUGUAAAUGAUCUGAUCACUGUAUGUUUGAGUGACAGUAUAAGGAAUAUAUUUUUCUCUCCAAAACAUUUUGCUAUGCAGAUUUACUUUUGUACCACCACUAACCAUAUGCAUUGUACAACAGGCAGACAGUACUAUGGGCACCUAGUGUAUUGAUAAAUGGGGUCCAAUGUACAAUGUUAUGUAAGGCUGCAGGCAAUUGUUUCCCCUACAGACAGGCGAGUUUGCUCAGGACGGGCUCAUGUUCCCAGAACUGAGCUUCGUCGUUCCGGUCCUUGAACCCUGUCUGUCUUAUGAUAUCAGUCAUCUAAUAAAUGAGCUUCCGUCAGACACCAGCCAAGUUUAGAAAUGAUAUUCAGUGCAUGCUGAUAUUACCUAGCCAAGGAACAAGUUGGGACAUUUGCUACUGAGCUAAUUAAUAAGA